GGAGCAAUUAGGGCAAGGCAGGCUGACUGGCAACAGGUAUAAGGGAAGCUGCAGCAGGGGAAGGGAGGUUGGAGGCUGAUGUGGGUUGCGUGAGUCCGCUACUAGGAAAACCUACUGACCGAUGCCAGGGUUGGAUGGAGAAGGAAGAUGAAGGAAGCUGAGUGGCUUCUAUUGGCUGGCUGUUUGCGUAGCUCACCGUGCUCUAUCCUUCUUCUCAUCUGGACUCGUGAGCCAUCAAGAGCGAUCAGAAGCCCAUCUGGAUAACCCAGGUAUAACACAGAUGAAAGGAGUCAAACUAUACUGCAUCUUGCCAUUCUGAAAGGACUGCUCUUACCAGAGUCCUGUUUUUGAAUGAUGGACAGCUCCCUCCCAGCGGCCCCAAGCUGCCCGCGUCACCCAUUUCGCUCUGUAACGUUGAAACAGGCAUCCGAGGGAAAAGAGCAGCUGGUGGACUUUCCCAAGCCAAAUUCCACCCACUCUGCCACGAAUUGUGCUUUGCCAGAGGGCUUGACAAACUGCUUGAUAGUUCCUGCAGGCAGGCAGGCAGCCCAGAAAGCCAGAUUUGAACUCCUGGUGAGCUGCUAUACACGAGCUGGUAGGCUCGCUCAAGAGAAACUGCAGAGAAAAAAACGUGAAAGACGCGCAAAGCAAGUCCUAGUGGGUCAACCCAAUGAACACUGCAGGAGCGUUCUGGAAGGUGCGGACUCUCCUUUCUCUUCCCUCCCAGCAUUUGCCUCUCGUGCUGGCAGACGAGAGGUGGAAAAGGAGAGCCGUAAGGGGAUGGUGCAACCGACAAAGUCACUCAACAGAGUGCUCUCUUCAGAGGACGACUGUCUCCCUGCGUCAGAUCCUCCACGAGGACUCUCCAUUCGAGCUGAAGCAAAGAGCCCAGAAAGUGUUCCCUUCUGGUCCUCCAGCCCCCUGACUUCCAGCCAACAAACUCUAAUGAAGGGAGAAAAGAGAGGCGGAAGUAGCCACCGAUAUGGGCAAAGAUGGAUUUUUUUCCACCAACAGAGAGUGCGCCAACCCUUUUCAGGCAUUCCACACAGACUACAAAACUGAGUCGUGUUCUAGAACUCCAGUUCUUCUGCCACUGCUCUUGCUAUGUGUCUCCCUGGGCAUGUUUCCUUGGCCAUCUUUGUCCCCCCCUCCCCCUUUCUAUAAUCAAAGCUCUGACUUGCUGAGGGUUAUCAAUGAACAUCUAGAUUUCUGAAGCCACGUGAUUUUAAAAUACAGUUUGUGAUGUAGUGUUUGGC